CUUCCAUUCACCACGUCUAUCUUCAUCUUUAAGCUCACGACUCCUCGUAGGAGCAUAUCUCAAUUCUCUCAAGAAACCCAGCCCCAACUUGUGAAGAGCUUGCGAAGAGAGCGACAUUGUCGCAUUGUUUGUGGCGUUCGCGGACACGAGAAAUUCUCCGUGAAGAGAGACAUCGACCGCCUGCAUUACCAACGCCUUGCAGUAGCCGCACAACACGAAUGCAUUUUUCGCCGUCAAGAAAGCCCUAAAAUAUCGAAGCCUCACAUUUUAUGUCUUCUUCACCGCUAAACAGGCCUCUCGGGGCUUCGUCACCACUGCUUGAAGGAGGCCGGCGGCGUUCCCAGUUCACGUAUCGCCAAUUCUCACAGCUUGCUUCGUCCAACACUUCGAACCCGCUGCGCGUCAUUGCCCACAUUGACCUCGACGCCUUUUAUGCGCAGUGCGAGACGGUUAGACUUGGUAUUCCAGAGGACAAGCCGUUAGCUGUUCAACAAUGGCAAGGUCUCAUCGCAGUCAACUAUCCUGCACGCGAGUUUGGUAUUGGACGCCAUUGCAAUGUCGAAGAAGCAAAAAAGUUGUGCCCUGAACUUAUCGUCCAGCACGUAGCUACAUGGAGAGAAGGCGACGACAAGUGGGCAUAUCGUGAGGAUGCCGCCGCCCACAUAGCAACAGAUAAGGUUUCACUUGAUCACUAUCGCCUUCAGUCUCGGAAGAUCUUAGCAUGUAUCAAAGAGGCUCUGCCGCUUGAUCUCCAGAAGGUGGAAAAAGCAAGUAUUGACGAGGUCUUCCUCGAUCUAUCGAGCCAAACCCACCUGAUCCUUCUGGAGCGCUUUCCAGAAUUAUCAAACCCGCCCCCCUAUGACGACCCUACUGAGAACCUUCCCUUGCCAUCCAUUGCCGCGCUCGACUGGCAGACCGAUGCUUUGAUUGAUCUGGAUGAGGAACAGGAAACAGUCGAUCCAGAUUGGGAUGAUGUAGCAAUCCUCAUCGGAUCUGAGAUCGUUCGCAAAGUCAGGGCCGAAGUUCGACAGAAGUUGGGAUACACGUGCUCAGCUGGAGUAGCAAGCAACAAGCUUCUCAGUAAGUUGGGUUCGGCAUACAAGAAACCAAACAAACAGACUGUCGUACGCAACAGAGCUGUGUCUGCUUUUAUGGCUGGCUUCAAAAUCCCCAAACUUCGAAACUUGGGUGGCAAACUCGGAGAGCAGAUAGUAUCGACAUUCAACACAGAGAGCGUCAUUGAAUUGUUGGAUGUUCCUUUGGCAACUAUGAAAACAAAGCUUGGCCAUGAUACAGGUUUUUGGAUAUAUAAUACCAUCCGAGGUAUUGACACAAGCGAGGUCAAUUCAAGAACACAGAUCAAGUCGAUGCUGUCGGCUAAGUCUUUUCGUCCAACUAUCAACUCUUCAGAACAAGCAACGCGAUGGCUGAGAAUCUUUGCAGCUGACAUAUUCGCUCGCCUCGUUGAGGAGGGAGUUCUGGAAAACAAGAGACGACCGAGGACGAUGAACUUACAUCAUCGCCAUGAGGGACAAGUGAGAUCGCGGUCGGGACCCAUCCCCCAAGGCAGAAUCAUAGACGAAGGCAGUCUUUUCGAAUUGGCUAAAGACCUCCUUUUGCAGAUAAUCGCAGAAGGGAGAGGAGUCUGGCCUUGUGCAAACUUGAGUCUUAGCGUAGCAGGCUUUGAAGACGGCGUCAAAGGUAACAUGGGCAUCGGCGCAUUUCUUGUCAAGGGGGAAGAGGCAGGAGCUCUUCGAUCGUCGAUUCCCGAUAGCCGUCAAUCUUCUACUGCACCAGAACCCUCCGCGAAGAAACGCCGCGUCGAGGAUGGUGGCAUUCAGCGGUUCUUCUCCAAGCGACCCUCCACUGAUCACGAAAGAACCUCCCUAACCGACUCACAUACUCACGGGGAAGACUCCAAAGCUGGCUCUUUGCCAUCAGAUCCCACCCAAAAGACCCUCAGUUUCGCUACUAAGUAUGAUUGUGAGGCCCGCCAUGAAUCCGACCUUGCCAUGCAUGAGUCUCACGCAUCACCGUGGCAUGAAAGCGCCUUCGAUGUGCAAGUGGAUCAAAAACAGCAUUCAUUGACCGAUGUUGUAUGUUCUCGCUGCAAGGCCAGCUUCGCGGACCCGGAAGCGCUCCAAAACCAUAGAGAUUGGCAUAUGGCCAAAGAUCUACAAGACGCAGAACGUGUCCAGCCGACAUUCGCUGAACGACAACCUGCUGCACGCAACUCUGCGCAAAAGACGCAAGGAACGACUUCAAGAAGGAGCCGGGGAGGCAAACUCGAGCAAGAAAGUGAUUACUAUGCGGUUUCUCGCCCGAGCUUUUUGAAGCCGUGGCUGUGCGAUAAUCCACUUUUCGUUGGCGUUCUGAAACCCUUUGAAGAAAGAGGCAGAUGCACAGUUCAGGGAACAUGCAGAUUCUUGGUCACACAAGUCUGUCAAAACAACCGAAGCGUCUUGACAGAAACUAUCAAAGUCAAUGACAAAAUGUUGCAAUUCACGGUCAGCGACAACGACUGGGACAUGGCAUGGAGAAACAAGGAGACACAGGAAGGGUUUAGCCCAGCCUCUCGCGGUGCCCAAGUGUCGUCAGUCACCGCUAAAGUCAAAGCCCAACCUCGAGACCAGGACCCAGGCGGGCAAGGCAGAGGACGCGCUGUAGAGCAAGCUCUGCAAACCCAAGAGGUGCCAACCGCAUCUGGCUUCGGUAACGUCCAACGGUCCACCAAAAUAGGUCGCCACUGGACGCAGGGUUGUUGGCAGCACGGAACAGACAAGGAGCAGGCUAGCCAGGAUCAGGAUCAGUAUCAGGGCACCCACGCACGAGGCCAGCGCCAGUUGCAGAUCCCGCAGCUUGGUGUUGGGCUCGGUCAAGGAGGGAGACAAGCGUCCGGCACGGAUAGUCCCAGGGAAGAAUCAGUCAUCACGUUGACAGCCCAGCCUGAAGAGGGAAGUUCCUCAUCAAUAGACGAGAUUUUAGCAGAGUCUGCGUUUUGUCUCGAACAGCCGGGAGACCCCAGCUUAUACUAUCUUGGCUUACUGCAAAAUCAGAACCAGCUCCACCACAAAAACCACAACGCCCAACAGUAUCAGGGUUUUGUGGGCGACGACCCAUCAACAUCAAGUCAUCAGCAACCUCAACCUUCCGGGUUUGGUUAUCAGCAUCAGCAUAACCAACCUCCUGCAUGCUCAUCGCCACCAUUCUCAUUUUCUUUCCCCCCUCCAGCACCUCCAUCAUCAGCACCAGCAACGUCUGUCUUUGGACUGGCCCCUCCUCCUCCUCUGCCUUCUCCUGCAUCUCCACCAAGACCACCGCCGAGACGACGCUUCCAGCCAACUGCGUCUCGCCGUCAGCAAAACCUGUCCCACUGCCGGUCAAAUUCCAAUCUGAGCUCGAGCUCCAGUGUCAGCACUGGUGCCAGCAGACGUCUUCUGGCCUCUCGGUCUCCUGCAAGUCACUCUGCCAGUGGGAAAUCCCCUCGUCAGCGCCUAGCAUCAGCACCACCAUUACCACAGCCAAUAGACAGUGCAGACCCACAGGAUACGCCCACCGCCCACCACCGCCAUUCGCCUUUUCUUCCUCCUCAUCCUCACCUGCCCGCUUCUUCUCUUUCUGCCUGUUCUACCCUCUCAGCUCUCUCCACGUCGUCUCCCUCCUCCCCCAUCUCCGGCUCUAUCUCCUCUUCUCCCGCACUUCUGUCGACCUUCUCUUCCAUCUCUUCUUCUUCCUCAUCUCAUCUUACCUCUUCGUCGGCCAUAUCCUCCCCACACAUCAACAACAUGUCGAGAUCAUCCCGGAACGCUGCCCCUACCACUUCUGGUACGGGACGACAAAACGAAUACUUCGUGCCUCGCGAUGGCAUCGACCGCGAAGUCAUCUCCGCCGACAUCUGCCGCUAUCUGGGCAACGAUGCCCUCGUGCGUCCCGGUCAUUACGAGAACCCUCAGACAGGCCAAGCCGUGCAAGGCUACUACAUCACCGCUUACAGGAAUCUUACAACUGCUAUGAUUGAGGAUCUAAAAGCAGACUCUGCUCGAUGGGAUAGUGAAAGGCGUGCGCAGACGUCGCGCAAUACCUCUGGAGGUACUAUUGCCUCGAGAAACGUUGGCGUACCGCCGAGACACUCAUCUAACUCACCUGUAGUGCAAUACCGCUACUCGGAGACGCACCAGUCGCGUCAGCACCACGGUCCUACCGAGGGCCCUUAUCAGACCGACCCAUACGCUCGUGACCCUGGCUUUGAUGGUCCCAGAUACCCAGGAACGGGUGCUCCCGGUUACACUGGAGCCGCUGGCUCAUACGGCCAGUCCUACGGUGCCUCAAGUAGUGGUGCGUUUGCCGGUUAUGCCCAAACCCAGCAAUCUCCUCCCCCGGCGGAUACAAGGUUCAGCUCUACUACCGCGGCCACCAUGGAUCCAUCCUACCAGGCUUCCCAGAGCCCCUACGUGGCCGUCGGAACAAACCAACGCCCCAGAGGCGGAUACGACCCUUACGCUAACCAGAUGGCCACGUCAUCAGCUGCUGCUCAGCAGGCCUAUGCCACUGCUGCUCCCACGCAACAAGGCUAUACAGCCACUGCUUACCCAUAUUCAGGUCAGGCUCCUCCUGCGGGCUACGCGAUGCAGCCCCAGGAUCCCUUCUACGGUCGUGUGGUACCUCCAGCAGCCGACGUAGUGAGCGAGAGAGCGACAGGCACAGCACAGACCGACACCACCGAUCAAGCCGCCGGUAAAAGGAUGAGACCAUGCUGCAUACGUUUUACACUGGGACACGGCGCUGAGUUGGAAAAAGGAAGGGGAGCCAUCCCUUACCAGGUGGAUCUGGGGUGGUAUCUCGAUGUCAUGACCUUGCUGUCCGGACGCACCCUCAGGGGGAGUAUUCUGUUUUCCGUUCUUCCUGGAUCUGGCUGGUUCUUGCUCUCGACUCCAAUGUCUUUAGCUCCCGGAUUCUUCGGUGUUUACCACCGUCGAGACGCGGUGUUUAUCGGAAUAAUAAUUGGCAGAGGCCGGCAUCCGGACAGCAAGCUAGGUGCACACAUGAACUCCUUGGACUCAGAUACCUCUUACUGGACUUCCUGGACAUCUUGGACUCUGAUCAACCACCUGGCAAAUACCUCCCGCUUGACCAAGGAAUGGACCCACUCCAUGAGGAUGUUUGCUUUUGCCUGGAUCUCUUCCUACUCAAGCAAUGUUUUGCUUUGGAUCCUAUGA